CAUACUAGAGACACCGCCCCAUGACGUUACAGAGCUCUGGCUCAUAAAGGGGCUGGACCUGAUCUAGCAGCAGAAGCCGCCAGGAGCUGAGAGGUAGUGAACCCACUCCGUUGUGAUUGCCUGCAGAAUACCUGGCGCUACACUCCACAACCAUGGAUUGGGAACUGACAGUGAAGAUGCUGGAUGGCCAGCAGUUCCUGGUACUCGUGAACAAUUCCAUGACAUUGCCAGAGCUGAAGAGGCAGAUCGCCAAGAAGACUAAAGUACCUGCCUUCCAGCAGUGCCUAGCCAUCCAGUCAACCAACAGGGAGUUGCAGGACAGGUUGAGCCUCACCCAACAGGGCUUUGGCCCUGGCAGUGUAGUCCUGCUGCUGGUGAAGGACUGCAAAGACCCCUUCAGCAUCCUGGUGACCAACGACAAGGGGCGCAGCCGUUGUUAUGAGGUCCGGUUGACACACACAGUGGCAGCACUGAAGAAGCAGGUGUGUCAGCAAGAGGGAGUCCGGGAAGAUGUGUUCUACCUGAGCUUCGAGGGGAGAGCUAUGGAGGAUCAGCACAUGCUGGGUGACUAUGAUCUCAAGCCCCAGUGCACAGUGUUCAUGAAUCUGCGCCUUCGAGGGGGUUAGGGCUGGGCCCCCGGAACAAAGCAGAGAGCCCCCUGCUGGAAUCAAGCUUUGGUAAUAAAGAUAGAUGCAGAGAAAGCA